AUGGGUAUCAGUACAACUGUGGAUACUAAUAUUGAUCCUAUCUUUGAUCAAGUUAUUACUGAGGCUGAAAAUGUUGACCUGAUUAGAGUGCCAGAUAAGGAUGAAAUUAGAGAAGUUCUUUUUUCCAUGAAUCAUUGGGGUUCACCGGGACCAGAUGGUUAUCCAUCGGGGGUUUUUCAAUCUCAUUGGGGUUUAGUUGAACAGGAUGUAGUGAAUUUAGUUACCAAUUUCUUUGAAACUGGAAAGCUGCCAGAUUCACUCAAUGAUAAUUACAUCUCCUUAAUCCCGAAGAUUGAGAAUCCUAUUACGCCAGUAGACUUUAGACCGAUAAGUUUGAUUAAUGGUCUUUAUAAAUUUAUAUCAAAAAUACUGGCUAUGAGGUUGAAAACUGUAUUAGAUGAAAUUAUUGCUCCAAAUCAGUCGGCUUUUAUACCAAAAAGACAGAUUGUGGAUAAUAUAGUAAUAGCACAUGAAAUGCUUCAUACCAUGAACACUAGUAAAUCUAAGAAAGGUUUUUUAGCUUUAAAGUUGGAUUUAUCAAAAUCCUUUGAUAAAAUGGAAUGGAAUUUCAUUGUGAAGAUUUUCAAGAAUUUUGGUUUCUCAGAUAAAUGGUGCAGUAUGAUUUAUGAAUGCAUUUCAACUGUUAAAUCCACUGUUCUUUUAAAUGGAAUUCCUGGAAUUUCUUUUCAUCCUUCUAGGGGUCUCCGGCAGGGAUAUCCAUUAUCUCCUUAUCUCUUUAUAACAUCCUUGAAAGGAUUGUCUAGAUUGUUCUAUCAAGCGGAGCAAAAUAAAACUUUCUCUGGAAUGCAAAUUAACAAGAAUUGUCCUGUUAUAUCGCAUCUUUUAUUCACUGACGAUUGUUUUAUCUUUUGUAGAGCUGAUAUUGCAGAAGUCCAAAGAAUAUCUAAGGAUGAAAAGUAUUUGGGUACUCCAUUAUUUUUCAACGGGCAAAUGGCAUUAAAUUUUGAAUCUCUUCUAGAAAGGGCUUACAGAUCAUUGCAUGGAUGGAAAGCGAAGCUGUUAUCUCAAGCUGGUAGGACAAUGUUGAUUAACUCAACUUUGUCUGCAUACCCUUCUUAUCAGAUGCAAUGUUUUGAAUUUCCUGCUUCAGUUCUCGAUAAAUUUGACAAAAUUCAAAGGGAUUUCUGGUGGAAUAUAAACAACCCGAAAAAGGCUUAUUACCCUAACGCCUGGUGUAAGAUUGCUGAGAGGAAAAUAUUUUCAAGGCAGCAUCCUUUCCACAAAUCUAGUUAUUAUAAUCCCUCUCGGAUAUGGACAAGUAUUAGAAAGGGCUUAGAAAUUAUUAAGGAAAACAACAUUUGGGAGGUAGGAAAUGGUAGACAUAUUCAAAUUUGUAAGGAUAAUUGGAUACCGGAUGUUGGUGUUUUAAAUAAUUGGCAACAUCAAGAUUUAGUUUGUGUGUCAGAUCUUACGGAUGUGGAUGGGAAGUGGAAUUCUAGUUUGAUCGAUUCAGUCUUCUCAAAUGAUAUAACAUGUAAAAUUAAAGUUGUUUUCAUAAAUAACCAGGUUCAAGAUAGAUUAAGAUGGCUAGGGAAUAAUAAUGGUGAAUUUUCGACAAAAUCGGCUUAUAGAAUUCUAUCUAGGGAGCAUCAUAGUAACAGGAAUAGAAUCUGGAAUGAUGUAUGGAAGUUGAAAACAAUUCCUAGGAUUAAUCUGUUUAUUUGGAAGAUGACGGUUGAUGUUUUACCAUUGAGAGCAAAAAUGAAUGCAGCUCUGAAGUACACAGAUACUUGGUGUUCUCUUUGCAAUAACUUCAAGGAGGAAACCUCUGCACAUUUGUUUAUUUCUUGUUUUUUUAGUAGAGCUAUUUGGUUUGGUCUUGGAUUCACAACAGGGCCAGCAGCAGAAGCAAUAGCUCUACUAGGAGCUAUAAACUGGGUGAAGGAGCUAAACUUAGUAAAUUUCAGUAUCAGAGCUGAUUGUAAGGACGCAGUAAAUUUUUUGAACAAUAGGUCAUCGUCGUGUGAUUGGAGAUCUAAAGGAAUUCUGAAGAAUGUUCUAUCUUUUUUGGAUCAUUUUGGCACUGUAAAUAUUAACUAUGUACAUAGAAACUAUAACGGGGAGGCGGAUAAACUAGCAAAAUGGAGUCGGGAAAAAAGAAAAUCUUAUGUUCAGUGUGACUCAGCUAGUGUUAAUCUAAAGAACAAAGUCCUUACUAGUAUUGUAAAUCGGGACAAUGUUUUGUUGUACAGUAGUUAG